AUGGGCAUGACAUCACUUUCGCAGGCGGGCCUGAGCAAUCUAUGGGUAAUCCUGGCUGCUGUCACAGCUAUUUGCUUGGUUUCACAAAGAGUAGUCAGGUAUAUUCAAAGUAUGGAGCGGUUCAGUCUUGGAAGGAUGAAAUGUACUGAUAACCUUAUAGAAAGAAGAUACGUUCGAGAGAAUGGCUGUGUGCCUCCGUCCACGACUCUCAGACAAGGCUUCCUGGGGCUGGGUAUGUUGAGGGACAUACAAAAGGCAAACCGUGAACACCGUGUCCGUGCACAGUUUGGCGAAUGGUUCGCCAAGUAUGGCCAUACAUGGGGGGCAGACACUGGUGGGCGGUUAUUCAUCAUGACAGUGGAGCCUAAGAACAUCCAGAGCAUUUUGGCUCUGAAGUUUAAGGACUUCGAGCUUGGAACUUAUCGCAACAAGAGCUUCUAUCCCUUGCUUGGCUAUGGGAUCUUCUCCACGGAUGGAAGCAAGUGGGAGCACUCGCGGGCUAUGCUUCGUCCUAAUUUUGCGCGGAAUCAGAUCGCUGAUAUCGAGAUCUAUGAGAGACAUGUCGCCGCGCUUAUCAAGCAGAUUCCCCGUGAUGGAUCCACGGUCGACUUGCAGGAGCUUUUCUUCAGAAUGUCCAAGACAAUCGAUUCUGCCACCGAGUUUUUAUUCGGCGAAUCCGUCAACUCCCUCGAGAACCCGACAUCAGGCCCAGAGCAAUCCUUCUCCAGCAACUUCAAUAUCGCCCAAGAUGGUCUAUCCCAUCGCUUCCGUCUCGGCCCUUUCAGGUUCCUAUACAGGAACAAGCAGUUCGCCCCUGCAGUCCAGAAUUGCCGCGACUAUGUAGACCGAUUCGUCCAAAAGGCCAUACAGUACCGCGCGGACGUCGACAGCGGCAAGAUCUCUCCCGAGGAAGCCAAGCUCAACGACCUGCAAUAUAUCUUCUCUUACGAACUAUCCAAGCACACAAUCAACAAAACCGAACUGACAGAUCAACUCCUCAGCAUCCUCCUCGCCGGGCGUGACACCACAGCCUCCCUCCUAGCCAUCACCUUCUGGGUUCUCGCCCGACGCCCUGACGUCUGGACCACACUCCGUAAGGAAAUUCUCACCCUCGACGGCCGCAAACCCGACUUCCAAGAGCUCAAAAACCUGACCUACCUCUCUUGGGUUCUCAACGAAGUCCUCCGUCUUUACCCCGUCGUUCCCGUGAACUCACGCAUGGCCAAUAAAGACACCCACCUCCCCGUCGGCGGCGGCCCAGACGGCAAAGAUCCCAUCUUCGUACCGAAGGGCAACGAGGUCUUUUACUCCGUCAGCACCAUGCACCGCCGCAAGGAUAUCUACGGCGACGACGCGGAGGAGUUCCGGCCCGAGCGCUGGGAGAAGUUGCGGCCUGGCUGGGCAUAUCUGCCGUUCAAUGGAGGCCCGCGGAUCUGCAUUUGGGCAGCAGUUUGCGCUGACGGAAGCGGGGUAUACGGUUGUGCGUGUAUUACAGGAGUUUGA